AUGAGUCUUAUUAUACAUUGCUAUGCGGUGCCAAAUUGGCUUAGAAUAAUCGCUAAAAGCUACCUUAGGACCUAUAUCGAGCUAAACUUUCAAGAUAAGUUAAAUCAAGAAUCAACUUCUUUUACUCAUCUUCUUGGUGAAAUUGUUUUUCCAAAAGUGACACCCCGCACUGUCAGAUAUCAUGCCAAGGCUAAGGAUCACUUUAGUUUAGCAAUAGAGCUCUUAAGCCAAGAAGAUGAGAGAGAAUAGUUUAGAGGGGCCAAAGAGAAUGGGAGACACGGAAACAGCGCCCACGGAUACCAAAAGCCUGCAUGGUUGGAAGCUCUUUACACACAAAAGUUCUUUGUGGGGUGCUCUUACCAUGAGAAUGCAAAAAAGAAUGAGAAGAAUGUGUGCUGCUUAGAUUGUUGCAUCAGUAUUUGUCCUCACUGCUUGCCAUCUCAUCGCUUCCACAGGCUUCUUCAGGUUCGCCGUUACGUUUAUCAUGAUGUUGUUAGGUUGGAAGAUCUUCAGAAACUCAUAGACUGCUCCAAUGUUCAGGCCUAUACCAUCAAUAGUGCCAAAGUGGUGUUCAUCAAGAAAAGACCUCAAAACCGGCAAUUCAAAGGGUCAGGAAACUACUGUACUUCAUGUGAUAGAAGUCUCCAAGAGCCUUUUAUCCAUUGCUCUCUAGGAUGCAAGGUGGAUUUUGUGCUGAAACACUACAAGGACCUCUCUCCCUAUUUGAGGACAUGCAAGUCCCUACAGCUAAGUCCUGAUUUUAUGAUCCCACAAGACAUGGUGGAUGAGGAGAUGACUCGUUCAACUGUUGUGGACAGUGAUGAGCCAAUGAGUUCAUCUUCAGGGUCAGAGAAUAACAUGAGCAUGGCUUGCACAGAGGUUGUUAGGAAGAGAAGGAGUGGAUGGACUAGUGUGUGUGCAAAAUUCAUGGCCAAUAGCAAUAAGGUUUCGGACGAAGACAUGGCCACAAGCAUGAGUAGAAGAAAAGGCAUUCCUCAUAGAUCUCCUCUGUGUUAG